GCGCUUGUGUGUAGCACCGAGGUGUGUGUACGCGCAUGAGCUGAGACAGUGAAAAGAGGGGAGGGAGCCUGGCACGGGGAGCUUUAAUUCACCAAAUCCACUAACCUACUUCGAGGCUCAACAUCUGGAUAGGAGCGCGUCUCCUCUGCGCGACCAAUUAAUGCCUGAAGAUCUAAACGUGCACUGAUAUUUUAAACACACAUUUAUUUUAUCAGAAUGUUUCCUUGACUAGCACCAACAUUUACCAGAACCAGAUCUCUGCGGCUGUGUGAAGAGAGACCUGGCUGGAGCUGAAGGACGGAGUGCGUCAAGCGAGCGCACGUAUUCCAACAAGUGGACGCAUGAUUUCUGCUGACAGCAGAUGCUGUUCUGAGGCAGAAAGCACGCGCCAUCAGUCUACUUGUAGCCUAGAAUGUGCCAGCGACCGGCGGGGUUAAACCAGGGGAGGAAACACCCGCACUAAUGAGCUCAGAUGGAGCUUUUCGGAGGCGGUGAAGUAUUCGGAGCGUUUUUGCGCAUCGUGUCGGCGCUUGGCACUUUUUCAAGCUUUUUUGUUUUAUCUGUGCUGCAAACGUAAAAUUGAGCUGCAAUGAGGUAAGAAAUCUUCUGCACAUCAUUUCUGGGUUGGUCUUCAUUCACGAAUGAAGAGGGAGAUCUAAGACCGACACGCUGCGGAAUCCUUGUGCCCCCGUCCACGGACUCGGCUCUCCGUUCCCUCGGUGACCGUGGGGCGAAGUUGGAAUCCUGUCUAUAGACGUUUCUUUAUGACGAGGGUGGAAGCCAAAGAUCGCAGUCAUGCCGAUGCACCCAGUCACCUCCACGCUGAUGUACCGGGGCAUGUGCACCAUCCCCGACAUCCUGUACAGCGCUCCGGUGACCCUGCCUGAAGACGAGGUUGAAGAAAUCCGCGAGGCUUUCAAAGUGUUUGAUCGUGAUGGGAAUGGUUUCAUCUCAAAGCAGGAGCUGGGGAUGGCUAUGCGCUCCUUGGGGUACAUGCCAAACGAGGUGGAGCUGGAGGUCAUCAUCCAGAGACUAGACAUGGACGGUGACGGUCAGGUGGACUUCGAAGAAUUUGUUACUCUUUUGGGUCCAAAGCUGACGGCUUCUGGGAUGCCAGACAAGUUCAACGGCACCGACUUCGACUCCGUUUUUUGGAAGUGUGACAUGCAGAAGUUGACGGUUGAGGAGCUGAAGAGGCUUCUGUAUGACACCUUCUGUGAUCAUCUUUCCAUGAAAGACAUUGAGAAUAUCAUAAUGACGGAGGAGAACCACAUAGAAAACCCCGAAGACUGCCAAGUGGACAUAGACACUUCCAGCCCCACACAGCAAGUCAAACAAACGUGCGUACGCAAGAGCCUGAUAUGCGCCUUCGCCAUCGCUUUCAUAAUCAGCGUCAUGCUCAUCGCGGCCAACCAGGUACUGCGAAGCGGCAUGAAGUAGGAGCUGUGGCUGUUCUCGGCCUUGAUUCCCAUCGGGAGGCUUUGUUACAGUUCAGGCUUUUAAAAAGACAACAAAACAACCAGAACAGACAAUCUCAUAACUGCAAAACACUUCUACAGAUGACCAGAGAGCAACUGGAGACACCAAGGACACUUUGUGUGCUCGGAUUUGUCUUUGUGAUGAACAAACUGACAUUUCCAAGAUCGAGAGGACUUCACAAAGACAUGACAGCGUCUGUAUGGUGGACUGCCAACUAUACAUAUCAGUCCUCGUGAACCAACCUUGAAUAUUUAUUAGCUGUGUGCACUGAGCAGAGUUGUGUCGUGGUGGCAGCUAUAGAGAGAAGUGUAGUGACUGUCCAGUUUUGUAUUUGUUCAGUGUACCACGCGGUUUCAUGUAAACUGUAGGAAGAAUCUGUGAGAAAUCGCCGGGACGUUGGGGAAAUGCAAGACGUUACAAGAUGAAAGGUCUGUAGUGCACAGUGUGGCGUGGUUCGGUUUCAAAUCCACUUGGGAGGAAGAACCGCUCAGAAGGAACCAAAGAUCACAGAACGGCUGUGUGGGGAGGUGAACGUGUGGAUGGUUUCACUCGUUCACAGCCUGCUGGGUAUCGGUCAGAACCAAGCAGGUUGAAGCGGGUUAACAGUUCCUGAAGAGCAGAGACGAAAGCUAGCUAGUUGGGAUGCUGCCCCCACGACCCGGACCCGGAUAAGCGGAGGAAGACGACGAGAACGGGAGAAGGGGCUCCCGGGGGCCCCUCUGGGACAGAGCCAGCUGGGUAUAUCAUGGACUCCUGGAAACAGUGGAACCUGAUCUCAACUGUCUGUAGAGGAUUCUGAAGACGUCUGGAUAUUCGUGGUGUUGGUGUCAGGUUUCCUGCUUUUUGGCCUGGGAGGUUACCUGGCUGAACGUGUAGUAAACACUCUCUGCUUCGAAGGAUCAUCUAUGCAUGAGAUGCAUGGAUAGAAACACGAUUCUUAUCAAUGUAGUCGUCAUAAUCACUGUGUAAUGCAGCCACCUAAUGAAGACUGUGAGAUGUGGGGUGGGAGCAGAAGUGAGGCACACAUGCAUGAAAAGAAGGGCUUCUUUAGGACUUGUUCACUCACAAACAACAACAACAAAACAACAACAAAAUCGUACCCAGCUGCGGGAACAGUUACUUCACACCAGUGCAGGGCAGGAAGCGUCUUUAAGAUGCAUUGCUGAAAAGUUUAAAAAUAUGCAUUUGAACUGAUCUUGCUUUAAAAGAGAGAUGAGGAAAUGAAGGAGUGCAUUUCUUUUUCUUGAUUUCCAUCUGGGUGCGUUGCUUUAGAGCAAUAAUUACAUGUAAUGAAGCUUUGGACACAGCGGUUUAAAUGUCUGAGGAUCCUCCUGCAGAAUUGUGUCAGGUCAGGAUACGAGGUUAUGGCAUUACCCCGGCGUUCCACCAGCUGCAUAAACGUCGCGGCGCGUCCGCAAAGCACAAUGUGCAGCUAAUAGCCAAUGCUAUAGCUAAUGGGUUGGAUCCUACCCGCUUCUCGAAUGCUGACCCAGAAGCUCCGCUAAAUUUAUGCAUUUCCUUUGAAGGCAACACUUCAAGAACACGCCAAGCUCAGCAGUUCUUGCCAGACAGGAAAUCAAACACCAGAGGAGUGUGAAGCAUCCAGCAACUUUCAAAAUAAAAGAUUGCUGACUUCCAAUUGCUGAACUAUCAAAAAAUGAUGUCACUAGCUGUGACUUUCUCUUGGCAGAGGUUAAAAAACAGACCUUUUGGACACAUGCUACCAACGUUUUGCUCGCUUGUACCACAAGAACUGGCUAAAUCAAUGCAUUUGCAGCCUUCACUCGACUGGGGAGCUCUUGGUAGGAAGGGAUGUGUAGUACGUAGCGAUUAGCUGUGGUAAUAGUGGAUUACUGAGUCUCCAUUGACUGCAAAACUUCAAAUUUUAGACGCAUAAAUGUAGCAGAGAGACACAUUACUAUGCUUCUGGGACACGUCCAGCCGGUGGAAACGCACGCAUCUACCAUAACGAUGGCUAGGUCCCAGAAGUUUAGUGACGUGUCACUCCUCUAAAUUCAUGCUUCAAGUCAGUUUUCACACUUCCAGUCUAUGUUUAUGUGCUACGCUUCGGCUUUUGGGAUCAGGCCAGACAGGAAGUCAAACAUAAAAGUAUUGUAAAACAUCCUGAAAUUUCCAAAACAAAAGUCGUGUUGAUUUCUAGUUGCUUAACUAGAGAAUGAAACAAACGAAGUCUUUACCUGUGAAACGUCCAUCGCCAAGGCAAACAGCACAGAAAAUAAACCACAGACCUUUUUGCAUUCAUGCUGCCAUUUUUCUCCUUGCUUGUUAACAAGUGAACUAGCAAAGUCACCACUGAUGAGGUCAUUUUGUGACCUCACGGUACCACCCUUGUAGAAUGCGUUUGCUGCUGGUUUGUGUCUAAAACGCUCCCGGGAGGAGGUGACACGCUGCUGACCUCGCGUCUAAUACGGUAAUUUCCCUCUAGAAUUAAUAAAGAAUCUUUGAAUUUGAAUUUGAAGCGCCGCUUACGCAUCCGCUGGAAUGGCCGGGUCAAGCUCAGAUCUUCACAUGAUGGAAAGUGCAAUGGGAAAAAAAUGAUUUGAAAUGACUGCAAUAAAAUAUCAACAUCCUGAAGUGACCAUCAUGUGAUUGGGUGUAGGUUUAGAUUCACGUGCAUGCAUCUUGGUGAUUUUUUUCAUUUAUUUUUAUUUUUAUUUUAUUUUUUGCAUUUACGAUUCCGCAUCUUUACCAAAGCUACGGAGGAAUCUGUGAUAUGAGAAGAAGCCCGUUCAAAAGCAUAAUUUGAAGGAUAAAUAAAUAAACAAUUCAGAAUUCAUUUAGGAGAAACCUUGUGACCUGAAAAACAUUCUUCAAAAUGACGUCCACAUUAAUAAAAGAUCUUAAUUUAUGGGAUGUUGUGAAUUUUUAGCUGUCAAGCAGAUUCCAAAGGAGUCGUUCCCAUUUCCCGGAUGCAUGCACGACGAGGAUUAUCUGAUGCACCUCAGUAAAUUUGACAAGCGUGUCAAAGACUCUGGCAAAAAUAGAAACCAUUUAUUGACAAGUACCUGUGUUUCCAUUUUGCACUUUAAGAUGUGCUGCUGCACACGUCAACUCACCGCCAUGAUUGUUAAUUCAUCUCCCCAAAAAUCUGAAUAGAUUUAUUUUUGUUAUGAGAAUGUGAUGGAAGAGAAAUGAAAUGCGAGUCAGUCGUGCCGUCUUAUUUGUUUCUAACAGGAAGAAUUGUAUUUGCUGCCUUAUUUUUGGUGCAUUCAAAAGAAAAUUGCCAGUAUGUUUAUCAUUUAUGACCAGAGCAGAAUAUAUCAGACUGUUUAUUUUCUUUUUACAGCUGGAAAUAAAACGUCUAUCUGUUGAUGUUCUCAUCAUUGUUCUGUACUUUGAUACGUGUCUUUUGCUCCUAAAAUUGGUUCAUUCUGAUGUUCUUCUCUGUCUGUUUAUUGGUAUUUCAUAUGAAUAAAACCACCUAACAAGUG